CAGGAAGAAAGAGGAGGCAGCUGCGUGGUUGUGUGUGGGCGAGGAGCAAAGGAACAAAAUAGUAGUUGCCAAGGCGCCACUUUCAAGCAAGCUCCCUCAUAUUUGAGCUCAGCGUUCUGGCUGAAAAGGGCAUCUCUCGUUUUCCCUUUCCAGCAGACACAGCUAAAAUGAGCCUAGGCUCCUUGUUCCAGUAUAUCUUCCUGACGGAGCAAAAAGUAGAGGGCAUGCAACGUCUCAUGCACCAAGGUUGGUGGCCACACCAUCCUUGUGGAAUUUGAAGCAAGCGCUUGCCAUCUGGGCACACGUUAAAUGGACCAAAUUAAUCCCCUCGACCCACCUAAUGUGUUUGUGUUUUUUUGUUUUGUUUUAAAUGCCUACCUCAAUCCUGGGUUACUCUGCGUAGUAAGUGUUCACAGCACCAGAAAACGGGAAUAGCGCCUGGACAUUUUCUCUCACAGCUCCAGUUCUAUGAAUCCUAGACUUGAGCAUUUUAAAUGAAAACUGAGAACCAGUGAAUUAUGGGUUUUUUUGGGGGGAAGGGCUGUCCUCUCACCCCAUCCUGGGGCAUUCCUGAGUUACAGUAAAAAUGCAAAAUAGGCAAUUUAAAUGGUAUGCAAAACACUAUGGGGCUCACUUCUGAGUAAGUAUAAACAACUUUGGAUUGUGUCCCCUUCUCUGAUUAUCUUCUUUUGAUUUUAGAGAAGUUGUGUGAGACUCUUACUGAGUGAAGUUGAGUGAAGCAAAACUCUGGGAAAUGAGCUUUUUUAUGGCUAGCCACAAAUAACUUCUAACUAGAACAGCUUACUGAGUUCAGAUGAGGCUGUGUGAUUCUUCUUGGCAUUGACUUCAGACUUAUUUCAUUCCACUUUUACUUUGUAUACCACCUUUCUGUAUAUGCACAAGGCAAUUAAAAGCUGAAAAAACAACAAAAUAUACAGCAAACAUCACUCACCUUAUAACAGUCUGAUCCCAUACAAAUAAGUCAUAAUAAAAUAUGACUUUAAAAUAAACAACUUGAAUCAAAUAAUCAAAUAUUUAGUAAUCAAUUAGAAUAUACAAUAGUACACAAUAAAAUUAACUCUCAGGCGGUAUACAUAAUACAUAAAAGAAACAUGCAACCUUCAACUUCAUAGUGAAUUUCCCACUGUAAAAUGUCCCUCACUAAUGAAACUUUUGCAGCCCUAUUUUUUUACUUUUGCAGCAAAUUUUAUAAUACUGCUUGCACAAAUAUCUUCUUUGUGUCUAAAAGUUCAUUUUGUGUUGCAGUUAAACAGGAAAUAACCCUAACUAAUGAAAGAGCUAAACAACUAACAGAACAACUGGAUGGAGAAAAAAGAAAGUUGGAAUCAGAGGUACAGAUGAUAGCAAUUAGAAUGAUAGAUUAAAGAAAAUGGGUCAUCUAUGUUUUUUAAACUUUGGAGGGUACUGUUUUUGUUUGUUUGUUUAUAUUGUAAACAAUCCUAUGAUCCCCGAAUGAAAGGUGGUAUUGAAAUUUAUUUAUUUAUUUAUUUAUUUAAUAAUACUAUGUCAUUUUAGUGAAGAACAUUUUGAGGGCAAUUCAAACCAAAUCUAGCAGCUGCCUGGUUUCUAGGACUGUCUGGAGUUCCUACUUGAAAAAAGCCCACAAUGUUUCUACCCUGUUCAGUAGGCCUUUUUUGCUGAACACCACAAAUCUGUAGGAAAAGCCAAAUAGAUCUAAUGUGGAAAGACAGAAUUUACAGAGCUGUGCAGAAGUAUGUAUUAGGUUGACAUCACAUAGAGUAUUUUACAUGACCUCUGCCUUAGCAGUAAACCCAGGUCACAAAACAGGAGCCCCAUUGUCCUUUCUGCCAGAUUACACAAUGACAGUCAUUGUGUUGCUGCUUGUAAAACUAAUUUAUGACAAUCAUAAUUCUAUUUUCAUGUCACUAAUUUGCUAUUGACUCAUUCUAAUUUACAGUUAUGGUUUCCAUGGUAGAUACAGAGGGUUGUGAAAGUGAGGGAACAAUUACUGUGAAUUACUAAUGAGGAAAACUGGAAAAGCGUUCCUAAAGCAAUUAAAGCUUUAAACCCAUAGAAUUAAUUACAUGAAGGUCAAUGCCUAUUAACUUGCAUGUUUAGUUAGUAUCAGGUUUCUUUUUAAGACUACACCUUAUAAGUGUAGGAAAAGCCAAUAUGCGUUGCCUUCACUGGAUGAAAUAAAUACUGAAUGCUAUUAAGAUUGGCAUGACUUAUCUCCCCCCCCCCCGAGUACAGAAACAUAACCUUAUGCCAGUCUCUCUGGAGAUCUCUAGUGUAAUAUAUAUUAAGCACUGAGCAAUGCUACUCACAUAAGUUCCUUUUCCAAAUUCCUAUAAGUUUUACUCCACAUUUUUAUAUGUCUAGGAAUUUGCACAGUCUCCUAUCUGUAAAUAUAGGGGCACAGGGAAAAAAAAGCUCAUGUAGCUGAACCUCAGAGUUCAAAGAUGUUUUGACAUCUAUUUCACAGAGACUGCUUGUGGUCAAGGAAAUGCUCCCAGGAAAUAUAAAUUUUUGGUGUGUUCUGAAAAACUAGGUAGCAUGUAAUUAGAACUUGAAUUAUAGCAUUUUGCCUUUCAAGGUUCAAUGCUUCCUUUUCAAAAAUGCUGUUCUAAAGACUAUAUUGAAUAGGUAGUUGAGGGAGCAGUUCCAUACUGAAGAUCCACUGAAUGGUCUGGCUGGCCAGCCAGAAAACCCCUUUCUCAGCAGCCAGUAUUGCAGUGGGAUGUGAUGGCUGAAGGAGAGAUCACUAUCUCUUCUCUACCAGCUUACUCUUUUAUUUCCAAUAUUCCUGCAGAAAGGGGCAGCCACUUAAUGAACAGUUGAUUGCAGGAGCCUUAGAAGGCACAGAUCGCUGUGUAGAUAUGUGCCUUCAAUGACUCUUCUUGGGUGCAGAGGGUCUCCUGUAUUGUUUUAAGAGGACUCACUUCUGCUGCUCAGCAGAGAGUGGAGGAUGCCCAUGCAAAGCAGCAAAAGAGCAGCUACAUUAUCCAGGUUACUACUAGCAUUCUCCCCAGGCAGUGGCGUUAAUUUUAUCUUUUGCACAAUAUGGAGGAGUGACAUUCUGUGCUUAGUAGAAGAAGAGAGAGGUGCAAGUAAGGACAAGCCUAUUCAAGGCUCAUGUGUGCAUGCCUGCAUUGGUUGUACUUGCAACUAUAAGAUGCAAACAGGAGUGUUUGCCUAGUCAUACUCACGACAUCGCUGAUCUGGGUUACCCUCCUGAGGAUAGUCCUUGGGAAUAUUCCUUGGGAAUAACUAAGGUGCCCAACCCCCAAACCCUUCAGUGUGGCCUGAGGAAGUAAAUUCUCAGUUACCAAGGUAAAUAAGCAGACUCUUUGUAAGAAUGGAGGGGUUGGUGGGAAGGGGAGGGGGAAUGUCAAAUGCAGGAAAGAGGAGAACUUGCCAUUAACUUGUGAACUUUCCAUUUGUUAAUUUGUAGUUAUAUAAACAUGUACUCAGUAAACUUUAAUCCUUUUUUAAAAGACCCAGCUUGGUUUUUUUUGUUUUCUACUAUUUGAACAUGCCUAAUUACUAUGCUGCUGUAAAGAAUAAAUGAAGGAAAGGGAGAAGAAAACUCUCCUGUGCUGCAAUUAUUUUAGGAUGGAGGUGCUUCUGAGAGUUUAGUCCUUGGUUGCAGUCACAUGAGGAGGAUAUCCUAAGGGACAUUUGGGGGCACUGUAUUCUUCUAGAGGUUAAAAUAUUGGAAACUUUUAAUUUAGAUUCCCUGUUGUUCCCCAUUGCUUUGGCUUCUGAUGGUGGCAGCAAUAAUGCCAAGUUUGUAUCAGUAGUGAGGGAACCCUUUGGUCAGGUAAAACUGAGCACCCACAACCUGAUUUAGAAACAAAUUCUGAAUUUAGAAACAAUUUUAGAAACAAAACCUAUGUAGUGGUUAGGUCAUAGCUGUCCAGACAGAACCUGGUGAGCCUACAAGUGUGUCUGCACAACCCUAACCUCUUUGCUACCCUGCCCUAUCCCAAUGUUGUCUUUGGUGAGAGUGACUCCAUGGUGCUGCUCCUUGAAACCAGCCACUACUGCUUAUGUAUGGUUAAUUAAAUCACAGAACAGUAUAAAGAAUACAGUUUCUGAAGACCUCACAUUGCUAGAGUUCUGAUGCAAAAGGCCCUGCAUAUGUAAAAUAACUUUGUAUAACUACAACUGCACUCAGGGUGUUUUUAAUGACUCUUUUUAAAAUUUGUUUUUUUUUUUACAGGCUCAAUUGCUAUCUGGAAAGCUAUUAGACUUGGAGCUUUUGAAGAAAAGAGAAGAGGGCUUAGAAAGCCAGAAAGCUGAACUUCUUAAUCAGAAGAGUAUUCUGCUUGAAACAUUUGUAUGUUCUCAGUGAGACUGUUCUAGACCAGAAAUCCUCAACCUUUUGACACCCAGCAUUAGCUAAAUUGUACAUGAGCUAAUAUCUGAACACAAAAGGCCCAGGAUCUUUGUCCCCAGUCCAGCUCAGGGUUUGUUUGUUUUGAAUAUGUCCUGUUGAAAGCAGCGGAACAAGUUCAUUGUAACAAAGUUCUCCCAUAGCUUUCAGUGGGUUUUGGCGAUAACUAGCUGAACAAUACAAACCUCUGUCGUGGCCCAACCAUAUACAUUCACAGCCUCAUUCCUUAGGCCCUCUGGGGCAAAAGGCAAACAGCAGGCAAAAAUGCUCUCUGAGCUGAGUCAGCCUGCAGCUGGCAUACUGAUUGGGCCCACAUUGGUGCUGCCAACUGACAGCACUGGUGCUGGAUCAAGAUCUAGCAGACCCCAGGCUGGCUCAGCUCCACCAUACCUCUGGAAUGGGGGCUUUCCAAAGGGCUACUGUUAGUAGGAGUCCUGCCUGACAGCCUUUUCAGUGGGCAGAAUGAGGAGAUCCAUGCACACAAAGUGAUACUAGGAAUGCAGAUGACCCCAAAGAACUCACCUUUUUCAAUUUCUUGAGAUUUGUCAAGAGUUAUUAAUAUUUACUAACUAAGGUUUUGGUCCAAGCAGGACUAAGCCCAAUGCAGCCCAAUGAGACUUACUCAGUGAGUAGUGUAUAAGUUUCCACUGUUAAAUUUCAAAUAUCUUCUUAACAUUAAGCAUCUAUUUCUUUUCAAUCAGAAAGCACCUUGCUUUACACCUUUUCGGCCCUUCUUCAUCAUAAGAGGCCCAAACCUCCAUUUGCAAUGAAGCUUCUACCAGCUCUUUGCUCUCUGGCAACUUUGAGGGCCAGUAUGGCUGUGUCAAAAAAAACACCCAAGCAAUGCACAGAAAUCAAUGUUCUGUCUUCAUGCCAUAUAUGUUACAAAAAAAGAAGAAGGGAAUCUACAAAUUCAUGUUUUGUUUAGUCAUGUGCUUCUUGCAAGAGUCUACAGAACACCGUGUGUUAUCUUACAUGGUAUGACCACCUCAUAACACCACCUGAUUGGCAGGAGAACUGAGAUAAUAACAGAAUGAGCUUUUCAGAUCAUGUUGGUGAAAGGCAAGACAAAAACCUUACAUUAAGUAUGCUUAAUUAUAGAAAAAGUUCACAGACAGGAACAUGACACUGAAAUAUUAUUCAGAGUCUUCGAGCCCUGCAUAAGCGAACAUGUUAUAGUAGAUGAUAGGAAAAUGCAUGUUUCAUUCAUUUCCAUAGCACAUUCAGAGUGAAUAUUUACAACGUCUAUGUUCACAAAAAAAUCUUUGUGAAUGAAGAAGUUCCUGUAUUUCCUGUAGUCAAAUCAAACAUCAAACAUAUGUCUUUAAUCAAACAUACAUUGGGCAUUAGAAUUUUUGUUGCUGUUGGUGGUUUUGUUUGUAAUUGAAAUCUGUUCUUUAUUUUAUAUUGUUUUGAUUUUAUUGUUUAAUGUGGUUUACAUUUUGCAUAUUUGCACCCUGGGUUGAUUCUAAAUACUUAGAAUAAAUAACAGGUAGUCUUUUACAUGUCUCUAAACAUACAUUCAUAUAUAAUUUUCAUAUAUAGUAUUCAUAUAUAGUUUUCUAUUGUAUUUUGGAUCCCUUCCAAUCGGGAUUCAGGCCUCACCAUGGGACUGAAACUGCCUUGGUCGCGCUGGUUGAUGAUCUCCGGCGAGCUAGGGACAAAGGUGAGAGUUGUUUCCUGGUUCUGCUGGAUCUCUCAGCGGCCUUUGAUACAAUCGACCAUAACAUCCUUCUGGACCGUCUAGAGGGGCUGGGAGCUGGGGGCACUGUUAUACAGUGGUUUCGCUCCUUCCUCCUGGGCCGUGUUCAGAAAGUGGUGGUGGGGGAUGAGUGUUCAGACCCCUGGGCCCUCACUUGUGGGGUGCCUCAGGGUUCCGUCCUCUCCCCCAUGCUUUUUAACAUCUAUAUGAAGCCGCUGGGAAAGAUCAUCAGGGGAUUUGGACUGGGUGUCCAUCAAUAUGCAGAUGAUACCCAGCUCUACCUCUCUUUCAAAUCAGAACCAGUGAAGGCGGUGAAGGUCCUGUGUGAGUGCCUGGAGGCGGUUGGAGGAUGGAUGGCGGCUAAUGGAUUGAAGUUGAAUCCUGACAAGACAGAAGUAUUGUUUUUGGGGGACAGGGGGCGGGCUGGUGUGGAGGACUCCCUGGUCCUGAAUAGGGUAACUGUGCCCCUGAAGGACCAGGUGCGCAGCCUGGGAGUCAUUUUGGACUCACAGCUGUCCAUGGAGGCGCACAUCAAUUCUGUAUCCAGGGCAGCUGUCUACCAACUCCACCUGGUACGCAGGCUGAGACCCUACCUGCCUGCGGACUGUCUCGCCAGAGUGGUGCAUGCUCUAGUUAUCUCCCGCUUGGACUACUGCAACGCGCUCUACGUGGGGCUACCUUUGAAGGUGACCCGGAAGCUACAAUUAAUCCAGAAUGCGGCAACUAGACUGGUGACUGGGAGUGGCCGCUGGGACCACAUAACACCGGUCUUGAAAGACCUACAUUGGCUCCCACUACGUUUCCGAGCACAAUUCAAAGUGUUGGUGUUGACCUUUAAAGCCCUAAACGGCCUCGGCCCAGUAUACCUGAAGGAGCAUCUCCACCCCCAUCAUUCUGCCCGGACGCUGAGGUCCAGCGCCGAGGGCCUUCUGGCGGUUCCCUCAUUGCAAGAAGCAAAGCUACAGGGAACCAGGCAGAGGGCCUUCUCGGUAGUGGCGCCCGCCCUGUGGAAUGCCCUCCCAUCAGAUGUCAAAGCGAUAAAUAACUACCUGACAUUUAGAAGGCAUCUUAAGGCAGCCCUGUUCAGGGAAGCUUUUAAUCUGUGAUAUUUUACUGUAUUUUUUGUUUCUAUGGAAGCCGCCCAGAGUGGCUGGGGAAACCCAGCCAGAUGGGCGGGGUACAAAUAAUAAAUUAUUAUUAUUAUUAUUAUUAUUAUUAUUAUUAUUAUUUUAACUAAGUCUUCUUUCUUUCUUUCUUUCUUUCUUUCUUCCUUUCUGUUGCUUUAUUUUAUGUCACCAUUAGAUGGGUACCAAAAAAAAAAUUGCCAUAGAAGAUGAGAGAUUUUUGAAGGAAAUUACAGAGUUCAACAGUGAAUAUGGGUUAACAUCCAAAAGGGAGCUUUUAAUUAAAAAAAGAGUCAAGGCUGAAAUAUGUGAAUUAGAGGAAAAAGAAAAUGUUUUGAGAAAUGGUAUGUCUUGAAUUUAAUUAUUUUAUCUUGGACUAUCUAAGAAUAUAAAUGACUAUGUUGCAGUUCCAUGACACUACAAUUUCACAAUUUUCUUCCAAGCUGAAAAGUCCUAUUAAAUUUCAAGGUAAUGAUUUUCCUAGAGUGAAGAACAGCAUGCUAUACUGGAGCACCAAGCAUGUUCCUUGUUGCAGGGAACAUUAACUGCAUGGUACUCUAACAUAUUAAGAUUGCUGAACACGACAGGUGGUCAGAGAUAAGAUUCUUACCUGUCCUUGCCCCAGUCGCAAUCCCAUCCAUGAGUCACUGCUAAAGAUUGAAGAGAAUAGUUGUUGUAUAAAGUUUUCUGUUUUUCACUACUAAACAUCAGACAUUGCAAAUAUUUAUUGCAAGCCAGUUUGAGCUUUAGCUAGCAUAGAUAACACUGAAUUAAAAAUGCCUUUGCAUUUUUCAUCCAUGAACUGUAAUUACAUGUGUUGCUAGCAAAUCAAAAGCCUAACUUCUAUAGUUUGUCUUUUCUAACAAAUGCACAAAAUACUCCCCCCCCCCCCCAAGAAUACGUCUUCUCCUUCUACAUUAUAAUACUCUGCCUGUCCUCACAUACAAGUCCAAGGCAGCAAACAAUUACAAAAAUACAGUAGUAGAAUCUGCCACUGUUGUUGCUUUGGGAGCUGCUGCCAAAUCUAUUCCUGCAAUUCAAAAGCCACUGUAACUGCUUAGCCCCCUGUAGCUGACCAUUGCUUCCUUAAGCAAUAGUAUGUGACAGUAUGCAGCCAGUAAGAUACUACUUUGGAAAUUAUAUUACAUGUCACAUUUCUCAAGGCAAUGAAAUAUGGAACAUGCACACACUGCAUUAUGGCCCAAUUAGAUCCCUAGCUUGCAGGGGCCAUGCCUUGCAUCAGUCCUGUCCCUCAUUUGCCCAGGGGCCCCCAGAUACCUGGCUUGCACCACAUCAAGGUCUAAUGAUGGCCAACACGUAUUAGUUGCUUCACAACUGACUGAUGGCAACCACCAUUCCAACAACAAAGACUGAUGGAAAAAACGCCACAUUCUACUGCUAUGCCAGUCCCACUUACUUGCUGUAAACCAAGUAAAGUUGUAUUUCAGCUGACAAACACAACAGGUUUUCCCCCUACACUAACAAGCUGCAACGUCACACAUAACUGGAUGUAAUUAGAAACACAUAUAAAAUUGACUGAGGCCAAGAGCAAAGACAAAACACUCCAGAAGUAUGGGAAAGGAUUUGGCAACACAUUUCACAAAAAUGUGAACAAAUUUAUAAGAUAUGGGUUAAAAAAAUAUAAAUUAGCAUUUCCCUGUUUUUAACACCUGCAGCACUUAGCAGUAUAUGCAGUGGGGCAGUUAAUAUAUGUUGAAGGUGUGGAGCAUCAAACACUGUUAUGCUUCAUAGUGAUAUUCGAGAACUGAAAUGUGAUAUUUAGGAAGACUAUAAUAGAUGAAAUUAAACUCAUAGCAGGGUAUGGUUUGAUGGUAGACCCAUUGGUUGUAUUGUCUGGAUAUGUUAAGGCUAUGAAUUUUUCCCGUGGAUACAGAAUUGGUAACACAUUUGUUAACAGUUGCUCAUAUAGAUAUGUUAUAAUGGGUGGGAGGACCCUUAUCUCUGUGUUAGAAGACUGGCUAGUAAGAGUUUGGGAACUGACUCAUCUGAUAAAAUUAGCUAAUGUUGUAAGAGUGAGGGCAGGCAGACAACUUGAUAAAUUAUUUACUGAGAAUUGGAGCAGCGUUGUUAUGUAUUGGUGUAACAGAACUCAAGAAAAUAUUCAACCAUACGUAUUAUUGGAAAGAAUCUACAUAACAAUAAUUGUUAUGCUUCUGUUUUGACACUGCUACCAACUCUGCCUUUUUAAAAAAUGUAUUUUUAAUGUAAAGAUUUAACAAAAAAUGCAAGUAGCAUUUUUGAAGAACUUUGGUUCAGCCCAUUAAUGCAUUGCAUAGAUGCUCCUAAAGAACUACCCUUUCCCAACAGUACUAGGUACAAUACAAACACUGUAAUUCUCACCCAUUCAGAGUCAUAAUCUUUAUUUAAGAUGCUUAGACACUCACAGGAUCAUUGUGCUAUUAUACAAAAAAAAUGUUGACUCACUCGCCAUUCUUCUCCAACAGUAAAACAUUUCCCCCCUGUUGGAUUGUGCCAAUGUAGAACAAUGUAUCACAAUUUGCCAGGCUCUCAUGGACAGUUUAUUGGAUUAUGGUAACACAGUUCACCUGAUGAUUUUAUCUUGCCUUCUUAGUACAAGGUACUCAAGAAUUCAAGAAGCUUUAGAAGGAAAGAAUGAGAACCAGCAGUAGUUAAUACAACAUUGAACAGAGUUCAAACUGUGCUAUUAGCUCCUGAACAAAUAGAAAGCUGUUAGCUCUCCAACAAAACACAUAAACUACAGUGAUUGUAUACUGCACAGCUGUUGCCAUCAUACAAAUAAAUUUUGUUAGCUUUGCUUGCAUUUGCAGCUCUUACUUUUGACAAACAGUAUGUUGAGUAAUUUUGUUGUUGUUGAUAAUAAGUACCCAAGUUUCUAAUAAACUAAAAAAGACAUGUUCACACUUAGGACCAAAUUAAAUUUAUACAUUAUAUUCUGCCUUUCCACACAAAUAGAGCCCAAGCCAGCUGGCAACACCAACACCAACACCAACAGAAGUCUAAUGGUAUCUGUCCACCACUGGAAUGAACACCAUUGGCAGAAUGAUUUUCCCUUUUCCCCCCUGAAGCUACCAUGCCCCCGCCCAGUAUAUUUCCAAAAUCUCCAGAGAGUUAGGGGGCUCUCUAGAGAAGAAUUUUUUGUUGCUGGGCAGAGGGCUACAGUAGGGAGGAGGAGAAUUCCACUUGCAUGACAUUGGAUGUCAUCCAGAAUUACCAAAAGUGCAAUAGGUAAAACUUACAUAUGUCAGUCACUACAUAAGAGGUAUUAUUACAUAAGGGAUUAUUAAAUGCGCAUAGCCUAUAUAUAUGGUUACAUAUGUAAUUAUUUUUUCAAAACAUCUUGAGAAGAGUUGCAACAGAGUUUUUUGGUUAUGUGGUGAAACUUAAAUCUUUAACCUAAUUUUAAAAUUAUCACUUUCUUAGAAAUAGAGUCAAUGAAACAUGAAAAUGCUCAGUUAAAAAUGUUUCAGCUGCAGAAGAAUGAACUGAAGAAGGAUUUGUGUACUUUUCAGAGAAAACUCAAAGGUAUAUUGUUCACUUAAUCACCACCUGAUUUGAUGUUCAGACAUAGUGUGAGUACAUUUGAUAAAUGAUUCUGAUCAAAAAACAUUCAACAACAGAUGAAUGUUUAUAUCUAUAUCAUGGACUUAAUAGUUUUUAAGUUAAUAUUAAUCAAGGCAUUAAUGAACAAAUAAUUUAAAGAAUAUGGAUUUAAAACAUUUUCUGCCCUUCUUUGCAGCUUUAGCAAUUCAGACUGCAUUGGAUCCAAGGCUUUGUUUAAAAAUAAUACAGUCAUAGAAUUGUAGCAUUGGAAGGACCCCCAAGGGUCAUCUAGUCCAACUGCCUGUAAUGCAGGAAUCAUUCCACAUCCUAUACUGUAUCUUGUGCAAUGGGACCUGCUACACCAAGUCCCACUAUUGAAGCUUUGGCUUUCAUGCAUUUCUCCCAUGCACCUGCAUAUCAUGUUUUGUAUUCCAGCCUUUAGUAUUCACGUGCUUUUGAUAUAUGAUCACAUAUUCUUGUAAGAGUGGGAAUGACUUAAAUACAGCUGAACGUUUUUUAUGUCAUAAAACUAUUAUCCAAAUUUUUCAUUCUAAUAAUAGGUUCUUUUAAUGUGCAGCAAAACAACUGAGAAACAUAGAAAGUUGCCUUAGACUAAGGCAGACCAUUGGUCCAUCUGAUCCAGUACUGACUGAGUUGACUGGCAGUUCCUCCUCAGGGUUUCGGACAAGGUUCUCUCCCAUCCUUAGCUGGAGAUACCAAGGACUGAAAGCAGGACCUUCAGUAUGUGCUCAGCUACAUACACACUCACCUACAGCCCUUCCUUACAGUUUCCAUUAUAUAAUAAAGUACUGUAUUAUAAAAUCAUAAUAGAAAGGUAUUGUUUCUUUUUCAGAUCUUGAAGAAGAAAUAAGAGAAGCUAAAAACACCACAAAGUGUUUAGAAACAGAAAAAAAUAAAAUUUCUGAAAAACCGCAGACCGAUCCAGAAUGUGCAAGGUAAAGGUAUAUCCUGCCAAAAUGCAUAGAUCUGAGAUGAAUUUUGUUUUAGCUAACAUGCGUUCAUAAUGAAGCAAAAUAACAACAUGAAUCUGGUUGAUAUGGCAUGUGUGUUUAUGUAAGUGACUGUAUGGGAGGAAGCAUCAUGGAGAGCAAAAGGAGGCUCAGUCAUUCUCUAAACCUGGCACCUUUUCCAUAGGGAAUGAAGAAUUUUAAAGGGGUAAAGCAAAGGAGAUCUGCCAAGCCCCUUUCCUUCUCUUCAAGUGGAGUUGAAGCAUGAACAAAAUCUUCUAAAUGAAAUGUUUUGCUUCAGAAUUUGUGUGUAGGAGCAAAACCGUAUGUAUGGAACAUACAUCAAAAGGGGACUUUAAAUGAUAAUACUAGUUGCAGAUCCAUAAGCUGAUGUGGUACAGCACACUACAGCUUGCUUUUGCAUUAUUUAUUCUAUUAUGGUACAUUAGCUUUUCUGAUGUAUGAGGUUGUCAUCUUCCUUCUGAAUAAUACACUUCUCCUGGAGUAUCUUGCUAUUGCAGUGUCAUUUAAAAUUCAAUACAGCAUGAUUAGGAAAGGGGUGUUUACUAUGAAUAUAAACGUGCUGAAGAUCAAGGUUAGUUAGUGUCCAUGGGCUUGCAAAUGACUUACAGCACAAUCCUUUGCAUGUCUACUCGAAGUAAGUUCCCUUUAGGGAAGGGCAGUAACUCAGUGGUAGAGCAUGAGCCUUGCAUGCAAGAGAUCCCAUGUUCAGUUCCAGCAUAUCCAGGUAGAGCUGGGGGAAACUCUUGACUGAAAUCCUGGAGAGCCUCAGCCAAUCAGCUAGAUGAACCAAUGGACUGACUCAGCUUAAGACACCUUCCUGUAUUCCUAAGGUAAGUGGGUGCAGAGUUAUAAUCUUAUUUGAAUCAGUAAGAUAUUUAAAUAGUGCAAGGUCUGUUUGUUUUUUAAUAAUUGAAAAAAGUGUUGAUAUUUAUAUGAAAAGUAAUGCAAUGCAGUUCUGCAAUUUGCUGAAUAUGAUGCAAAGCAAUUAUAAAGAAUUGUCAAGAUUUAUUGAUAAAUAUAGUUACUUAUUUUGCAAAUCAUAUGAUGAACACCAGAAGACAAAAUGCUACUACCACGUCAAAGAUUGCACUUUUGGGAAAUCUGCCAUUUUACACCUUGGGCUUACUUCAGAGGCAGAACUGGAUGAGUGCACCAUUAUUCAAGAUUUUACACAUGUAUAUUGUAUUUCCUUAAUCUAAGAUUGAAGCAUCAGUAUGCACCUCCUUACCCAAGCCCUUCAAAGGUCUGUGAAGGUGUUUAAUUUAAGCCCUAUUGAUUUCAAUUAAAAUGCUCCUGCCCUGCUACUGAAUAGCAUAAAGGCAAGUAGGCAAUGAUUGUCCAACUCAACAAAAUUCAGUUAGACUAUGACUGCUCACAUUUUAUUUUGUAGGGAUUGAAUAAAGGAACAGCAUUAAUAAUUGUAGAUAACAUAUCACAACAAAGAUAAACACCAUACCAGUUUAUUAUUUCUGGGUUCCCCAUAUUCCCCACUGAACUUGGUCCCCUAUGGCAGUAUUACUCAAAUCUUGAUACCUCUUCAGCAAAGGCCUCUUCCUGUAUUCAAACAGGAAGUACCCUUAACUCAAAAAGAUAGAUGCUUAGUCAACAGUUCAUAGAGCAGUGGGAAGAUAUCCAUGUAACUGUGGGAUAGCCUGUUACUAAUAAGAAUGUUUUGACAUUUGCUUUUCACCACCAUUAAGGGCUCAGGGAUUAAACCUUAUUUUCUGGGCAAUGGUGGUGUUCCUGACCUGCAUGCAAGAGCUGUAUACAGGAGUGAACUGUGCUUCUUCCUGCCUUUUCAAACUGCACAUACAGACUAGAAAUCAAAUAAUGAUUACCUCUUCCUCUUUGCACCUUCCCCUGAGCUUCAGGAAAACUGUCCACUUUGGGUCUUUUACAAAGCCCCUUACAUACUUACCUGGAUUUAAAGUGAAUUGUUAAGCAUUUUAAAACCCAGACAUUUUUUGGCACUUGAAAAUCUACUUAGAGAAGGAGGUGUGUGUGACUGCAUGAUUGACAUAAGGGUCAGCCAGUGAGUGUUGUGUUCUGCUCUGAUCCUCUGGCUGCUGUGCAAAGCAUCGGGUUUCUUGUAAACUCAGUUUGAGAAAGAAGAGCAUUCAAGCAUCUGCAAGGGGCAUAGACUAGUGCAGGGGUAGGCUACCUCCACCCCACAAGCCAGUGUAGACCCACCAGAGGUUCCAAUGUGGUUCACAAGAUGAUUUUCCCAAAACCACACCCACUUGUCAAAUCAGCUGACAUCAGUUGGUGACAUCCAUUAAUGGACAGGAGGUAGGGUUUAUUUGUGCACUGGCCCAUACAGCAGGAUUUAAUCCCCAAUUGCCAGCUGAAACAGGGGGUUGGGGGACGGACGAUGACUUUGUUUUAGCCACAGUUUAAUGCAGACCCCUUUCUGAAUUAGGAAGGGGGUUGUCUUGAAAUCCCUCCUAAAAUAAACAUACUAGGAAGGCCUUUUAUCCUGUACACUGCAUGCCAAGGUUGGUGGUGGUGGAGGUGAAACCUUUCUUUUUCCAGUACUGGGACUGGUAUGCUAGUCUUGCUACCAGUGACCUGACUGGAUAAAUUGAGGUUAAAGGAAAAGCGCGGGUGGCGCUGUGGUCUAAACCACAGAGCCUAGGGCUUGCUGAUCAGAAGGCCAGCAGUUCGAAUCCCCGCGAUGGGGUGAGCUCCCGUUGCUUGGUCCCUGCUCCUGCCAACCUAGCAGUUCGAAAGCACAUCCAAGUGCAAGUAGAUAAAUAGGUACCGCUCUGGCGGGAAGGUAAACGGCGUUUCCAUGUGCUGCUCUGGUUCGACAGAAACGGCUUAGUCAUGCUGGCCACAUGACUGAGAAGCUGUCUGCGGACAAACGCCGGCUCCCGCAGCCAGUAAAGCGAGAUGAGCGCCGCAACCCCCAGAGUCAUCUGUGACUGGACCUAAUGGUCAGGGGUCCCUUUACCUUUACCUAACCUGAAGUUUGGAUGGAUGUUGGCCUGCUGGCACUUGUGGAGUGGGCUAUGCUGGUAAUUCUUCUGUGGCUUGAAUUUUAAUUCAGGACGCAAGUAUAACAACUAGUUGAAGAACUGAGCCUGGUGUGUUUCAUGCAACAUCUGUAGAUUAAGAAAGUAAUCUUACAGAUAAUACCUCCUAACAUGCACCAAGAGUUGCUAUUACUUUAGUUAGCUUUGAUUACAUUUUGAUGCAUAGAGGUAGUUUCCAGAAGGAAAAGGAUUUCGGUUGGUCUUUCAAAAUGAUAAGCUGUUUUGCAUUAUGUAUCUCUUAACAUUGAAUGAAAGAGGCAUAACAUCAAUAGACCUGACAAGAAGACAAUUCAGCAGGAAAAUAACACACUUCCAUAGGAGUUGGUUGACUGAUUAAAUUGUUCGAUUUUUUUUAAUUGUUUCUUUUUUGAGGACAAUACACACUUUGGAAUCUUGUUGGAGACAGAACUAAUUAAAUAUAGAACAGCUUAGUUUAGUUUCAAAGUAUGGCUAAUGAAACUGCCUCACUAACAUGACUGCUGUGCAGCCAAGACCAGAUGAAUUAUUAUUAUUAUUAUUAUUAUUAUUAGGUAAAGGUAAAGGUACCCCUGCCCGUACGGGCCAGUCGUGUCCGACUCUAGGGUUGUGCGCUCAUCUCACUUAAGAGGCCAGGGGCCAGCGCUGUCCGGAGACACUUCCGGGUCACGUGGCCAGCGUGACAAAGCUGCUCUGGCGAGCCAGCACCAGCGCAACACACGGAAACGCCGUUUACCUUCCCGCUAUAAAGCGGUACCUAUUUAUCUACCUGCACUUAAGGGUGCUUUCGAACUGCUAGGUGGGCAGGAGCUGGGACCGGAAGACGGGAGCUCACCCCGCCGCGGGGAUUCGAACCACCAACCAUGCGAUCAGCAAGCCCUAGGCUCUGAGGUUUUACCCACAGCGCCACCCGCGUCCCUAUUAUUAUUAUUAUUAUUUAGUAAUUUCACAGGAUUGUACAGUCUUUGAGGGUGGUCAAAUACCACACCUUUCAGGUGGGAGUACUUCCAAUUUGAUGUAGUUUUUUUCUUUUUUUAACUAUAGAAAUUCCUCUGGGAAUUAUGUUACCAUUUUGUGUUGUUCCAUUGGGCAGUCUGCUAAGCCCUUGGAAAAUGAGGGCCAGCCAGGCUGCUGAACACAGCCAAGCCACUGUUUAGAGCAGCGCCCACAACUUUGCUUUGUCUGAAGAAGGGCUGUGGAACUUGAUCUGGCCAGUGGGCCAGAUUCAGAAGUCCCCCACCUCUCACAGGUUUCUUGGACAUCAUACCAAUUCAGGCUGUGGCUGCAACAAAAAAAUUGGGAUAGCUGUCUUAAGUACGCUCUUGAUUCUUUUCAUCUAUAAUUCACCCCUUUUUUUUUCAAUUAGGCAGUUUUUUCUGUUGCCUCAAGACCAGUGAUGUUUGUCACCAGUAGAGAUGUUUUAGCCUUCUCCAUCCUGGGAGAAGGCGACAGAAAAAAGCACCAAAUUCUACCAUCAGCUGGACUUAGGAUUGUACUCCCAGUUGUUCUUUUUCAGUUUAACAUGUGGGUUUACCUGUCUCAUGCAUGGCACCAUACGAUGUUAGGUGAUGGGAAGAAACUUUCCUGCAGCUGUCCCAGUAGGAGAAGGCUGUGACACCUCUACUGACAAACCUCUCUGGCGCAUCAGAGCCAGUGCUCACCAGCAUACAUAGUCUGUAGGUGGUAGCUGUAACAAAGAUAAGAAACAAGCAGGUCAGGUACCAUGCUUAUUCCUAGCCGUCUAGUCUGCAAAGCAUUCAAUAAAAGGUUGUCAAGUGAGGUAAGAGUGGUCUAGGACAAAGAUAAUAAUAGGACUUGAACAUAUGCAGUACAUGUGAUCUACGUCUGAGCUGAAACCCCUUCUUUUACUAAUUUUGUAACUAAAUAAAGAAAGCAAAAAUGUUGUAUCAUCUUGAAGAGAGAGAAUGAUGUUUAUUGAAGACCUGGCAGCUUGAGGAGCCUUUGAAUUAACAGUGACUCAGCCAUCUUUGCUGUCAAGAGUCUUUCCAGGAUCUGACUGUGCAUACUGAGGUCUUCGCACUCUAGCUACUUUUCCUGUAUUAUAGAACUAAGAUGCAAGCUAGACCUUGAGACAGGCAUAGUCAUUAGAAGCAGAAUGACUCCCUGAAAAAUGCUCGGCAUAUUUCAUGUGGACUGUUAAGCUACAAUCCUGUGCCACAGUUCCAUUAAAAUCAUUGUUACCAGGGUAUAACCAGAAGCAAGCUCACACCAACUUGAAUUUGCUCUUCACAAAUUUUCUGGAGCCAAACCUGCGUUUUGUUUUCCCCUUUCCUCAUUUAUAUUCAUGACGGACAUCUUUUUUUAUUAAUGAUGAAAGAAGAAUUGGUCCUUUAAAAAAAAAGCCUUGUUCAGAAAAGUGCCUACAGUAGUAAAAGGGUUUCAAUAUUAGUAGACAUUUUCACAAAGAUGCUUUCAUUUUCACACCAGUUGUGGCAGGUUAGGUGUCACAGCAGAGGAUUCAGAUGCUUUGAAGUGUCCUGCUAGUUUGAAAGAAAUAUUACAGUAACAAAAUGCAUUCCACUGACAGCAAAGAUCCACCAAGCCAUCAAACUAGAAUGUAGCAUGCUUUGAAGAAGGCCCAUUAUCCUACUGGAUUAUAUGAUCAUGUGUCAGGACAAAAUGCUGCCAUUUCCUUCCAUGAAAAUCAAUUGCAGAAUCUCACUGUAUUCUCAGCAUGCUAGCCACCAACUUCAAAACAGCUUUAACAACAUACAGAGCUUUAAGAUGUUAAGUGUAAAAGCCAAAUGAAAACGUGUCAUAAAGCAGUGCAUUCUUUAGAAGAAAGCUUAUUUGUGGGACUGUAAAAGGUUUAGCAUAAAGAUGGUUACCUACUGCCUAAAGCUUUUAGUACUAUUGUGAUACAUUUAUUUUCUGGGGCAAAUUGGUAUUUCAGAAUGCACCACUCAGGCCUAACUCUCCAGCAAUAUGACAUAUGGUGUCAGUUUGAGACACCUAUAAUAUGAUCUGAUUUGCUUUGUCUGUCCUACAGUGGGCAUAUGAUUUGUGAAGACAACACCACAAUAUGUUUAAAACUAUCCCAUGCAAAGCAGCCCCAUUUUCACAGCCAUAUGCAGAAGUAACAUAUGGGCCAGGCAUCCACACUGACAACCAAACCUCACACAGUUUCCCUCCUUGAAAAAGAAUGGAGAGAAUUCUGAUUUGUACUUGUGGGACCCGCUUUGCUUGGUGUUGGCAUGGACUCUCUGGUUCAUAAAUUAUUUCCUACACAUGGCCCUGGUACUGGAGGUCCUUCACAUGCAUAAACCUAUAUGUCACUUGCGGGGUUUGUUUAUUUGACAAAUCUCAAAGAACUAGGAUUACUUCUUACAUAUUGGAAUCAGGGCCAAUUUAAACACGCUGCAGGAAACCCUCUACUCACAUUGAUGCUAACUGCAUGUGAGGAGAGUUAAUGUUUAACAUAGUAUUGGGGAAUCUGUGAUUCUCCAGAUGUUGCUUCACUACAGCUGCCCUGCAUAAUCCCUAAUCAUGGCUACAGUUGAUGGGAUUUAGGGUUCAACAACACCUGGAGUUUCCCAUUCCUUAAAAGCUUAUUGUGUAGUAGAUCAUACUGUGUGCAACAUCUGUAUAUCAGUGCUGCAGCUACUAACAUACAAUCCUUAAAAGCAUUUGAGUAUAUUGCCUAGAAGAGGAAAUGUAUUUUAUCCUAUCAGUAUAUACCACCCAUUUAAGGUGAACCAAAAUGUAAUUAUUAUUAACUGUAAGUCACAAAAAACAGAGUGAAAAGAGGAGCGAAUCAAAAUAUGCAAAAUUAAUUUAUUGUAGAUUAGUGGGAAAGCACAAAUACUAAAAAAGCAGAACCUCGGUUUAUAUUUGCCUUUCAUGUCCCAUCCCCCCCAUAAGAACAGGUUAAAGCUAUAUUUUAAUUCAUAGAUAAAAUGAGGCGACUGGAUUCAUUUACAGUUAGAAGUUUGAAUGGCAUUCUGCUUUUCCCCAUUCUUCUUCUGUUAGUCCAUUUCAGAGGGAAAUUUUAGAGAAGGGUUUUCUCUUUUUAGAGUGUGAACUUCUGCACUCUUUUCAGAAGCCUGGAAAUAUUGAAAUAGUUUGAAGUUGCUUUGUGUUAUUUAAUAGUUAAGGCAUUUGUUUGUUUGUUUACUUGACUAAUCUGAAAGAACUAGGAUUGCUUCUUACAUUUCUUAUUAUAGCCUAAGAAAGCUCAUUAUUGAAACCAUGAAAGAACAAAUGACACUGCAUUCACAUAAAUCAUCCAGGAAAUAUGUCCACUAGAGCUGAACAAAUCCUUCAUAUUAACAGUGCAUUGCCGAGGGCCAUGAUUCUGUUGGUUUUGAACAAAUAUGUUCAAUUUAAUUUUAUGUUAAAUUUUAUAAGCAAGAAAUACCCAUCUCUGGAGUAAUCUCUGGGGUGCUGAAUGAGUUUCUGUAAUGACAAUGUGCUAACUGAUUUCUUAAAACUUUUUAUACCAAUGCCCAGUGGGGUUAUUAUAGUUAGAAUUGUGUCAGGGUUUCUAUUAUGAACCCCAAUUUCAAGGUUUAUAAUCCAACAAUAAAAACGUGCUCCAGGGUAAAGUCUGUCAUUGGAAAUUUGCUCGGGAGUAAUUUUCCUUACACAAAUGCAUACACAGGAAACGUAGUUUGGGAGAGGGUUUGUCUGUCAAUUUACGUAAGUUUUAGUAGGUAUGAACACAAGUGAUAUUUGUCUCCAGCUUUGAAGUUUGAUGCUUGCAUCUUUAGUCACUUGGUUAAUGUUUUUUGCCUCACAAAAAAUUCUUCAAUUAGAAAGCAUUCUGUCUAUGAGUGAUAUCAGGCUUGUUAGGUAGAGUACUACUUACUUACAAAAAAGUGUACUUCUGACAAGAGGCUGAACCAACAGGGUUCAGGUUCCCAAACUUCUGACUUCAUGAGAAUGCCCUUGUAUUGCCAGUUUGGUAAUGUUAUCUGUAAACAUUACUCCAGUUUAUAUGUCUCACAAAUAUAAUAUUUUGGACAUUCUUCCUGCUGCCUAUAUGCUGGAUUAAGGACUAUUAAUUUAUAGUGGGUUGUGUUGAUAUUUAUGUAUUAGUGCACAAUUCCCUCAUACUACUGCAUAAGCAGUAUUUGGACGGUGAUGAAGGUGCCUGGAAGAGCACUUCCAAUUCGUGACCUUUGUUACAACUACCAGAAUGUGAGUAGUCACUUCAUUAGCUUUGGUCCACAGGGGUCAGCAAACGUUUUUCAGCAGGGGGCCGGUCCACUGUCUCUCAGACCUUGUGAGGGGCCGGACUAUAUUUUGAAAAUAAUAAUAAUAAUGAACGAAUUCCUAUGCCCCACAAAUAACCCAGAGAUGCAUUUUAAAUAAAAGCACACAUUCUACUCAUGUAAAAACACGCUGAUUCCCAGACCAUCCACAGGCCGGAUUUAGAAGGCGAUUGGGCCGGAUCCGGCCCCCAGGCCUUAGUUUGCCUACCCAUGGCUUUGGAGAUACAGUGGUGCCUCGCAAGACGAAAUUAAUCCGUUCCGCGAGUCUCUUCGUCUUGCGGUUUUUUCGUCUUGCGAAGCACGGCUAUUAGCGGCUUAGCGGCUAUUAACAGCUUAGCGGCUUUAAGAAAAAGGAAACAAACUCGCAAGACGUUUCGUCUUGCGAAGGAAGCCCAUAGGGAAAUUCGUCUUGAGGAACGACUCAAAAAACGCAAAACCCUUUCGUCUAGCGAGUUUUUCGUCUUACGAGGCAUUCGUCUUGCGGGGCACCACUGUAGAAUACCAAUUGCUCAUGAGUUUUCCCCUGCAGCCCUUCAAGCCCUUUGAUCAGCACGCACAAGCUUCAGGUCUUUUAAAAAGGCAAAUGGUUUCUGAGAAUUAGUCUGUAACCCUUUUUUAAAUGUGUUAGGCCAGAACAGUCCUCCUCUAGACCUAUAUCUUCCGCUCCUGCUGUGGAGACUUUUCAGAAAAGUGAUGGUUCUGCUGGUUGAGAUGCAUAUAGUAUGGGAAAUAAUCUUUUAUUGGAUCAACUCAUUUCAAGCUUCCAAAAUCUCACAGUAAUUAUUGAAGCAUAGAUUUUCAGAGCAAAAAUAAAACCAGUCUUACUGAAUGGUUAGGCUGAUUGCUGAGACUAACAGGCCGCGAGAAAAGCAAGGUGGGAGAAAGGCAGUUAAAAUAUAACUAUACCCUUUAAGAAUCUAAAAUGAAUCUUUAUUCCUUCCUUUAAAAGGAUAGAAAGAACAGUGCUACUAUAUUAAGAUAACUAGUAGAAGCUCUUCUUCCCAUUGAACAGGAAACAGAAACAUCCAUGUUGCAAGGAGUUAAGGACUGCUCUAAAAGUCACUCUCUCACAUUGUUAUACAAUACUCUUUAGAUUGUAUCAGGCUACAUUCAUUUAACUGGUAUUUGGAUUGAAUAUCCUUAGUUUCAAAUCCAGCUAUUUCAUGCUGAUUUUGUUUAUUUACUUAAUUUUUUAGAAAUAAUUAUAAAACACUGAGUCAAAGAGCUCUCUAAGUUGUGUACUUAAUAAAAAAUUAGGUAAAACAGACCUAAACCCACAGAAUUAUUAAACAAAUAUACAUAAUAUAAUGUUGCUAAUUGACCAAACUGUUGAAACACAGUAUGCACACAUUAGCUCAGUAAGGUCUUUGGCAUUUAAUAACUUUGCUCAGAGAUGCAUUUUGUCCUGCUCAGACAAAUGGUGAAAUAUUCAUAGUAUGUUUUCAUCCCAUUUAAAGUUUGCAUUUAAAGUGCAUCAAAUAGUGAACCUUAUAUAUGGUUAAUAUUCUUGUUAUUACUUUAGUGUUAAACUUUCACAAAUUUCUGGUUAAGCAUAACUUUAAAUAUUUUCAUUCACUCCAGACUUAAUGAUAAAUUUCCAUUAUUUAUUCAUUACUUAAGUGUCUCCACAACAUUGAUUGUGCAGCCUGUAACUUCAGAUACAUUCCCUGUUUCUUGAAGGGAUAGGUCUGGGGUAUAUUGAAAUUACCUAGCUUUUUAUUUAAAACAAAACAAAACAAAGAAUUAACCAUAUAAAUCAAGCAGCCGAAUGGGAGCAUGAAGCAACAAAAAUGUCUUUUACUGCCUUUUGCAAAACUCAGCGAGAAAAGCAAAUGUUUCUACCAAAUGCGUAAUUGUUUAUCUAGUGCCUUACAGCUUCAGAGCACUUUGCAAGUAGCAAUUAGACAUUUCUCUUAACAGCUCAAGCAAAAGCAACAUACAUACAUCCAUAUUUUUAUUUGUUUGCCGCCUUUCCACUGUUCAAACCAUGCUCAAGGUGACUUGCAACAUUAAAAAAAUACUUAACUACAACAUAACAAAAGUAGUCCUAAACAAUCAGUAAAACAUUAAAAAAAUACACAACCUAACAGAACAAUUUCCACAUAAAUCACAAGAAGAUCUAAAACAAAGAUACAAAAAAACUGCAGCAACACCUUACUACAACAGCAGCAGCAGCAGCAGCCGCAGCAACACCACUGAAGAGUCUGUUCAGCAGCCUCAGCUUUUGUAGUCAGGGCCAGUCUGGGCUCCACUUGGGUGGAAAAAGGCCUGCAAGGCAGGGAGCAGGUGUUCCAGGAUUCACAGCCAAGGUGGUUCCUGGCCUCUUCAACAUCAAUCAUGUUCCUGCAUGUGCGUCUGAGCUACACUACAGCUGGAACAGACUCUGCAAAUUUGCGGCAUUCCUGGACUCUGAGCACCAGACGCAAGGGACAGACAAGAGGGAAUGGCUGUUAGUAAACAGGUUCUGACCCAGGAGGGGUCCUGUGUUCUUAGUAGGGAUGUGUGUGGGCCCUUGGGCCUGGCCAUAGCAAAGAACCAGUCUUACACAGCUGUUUGACUGUCUUAUGCUAUACUGCUGUGCGCUAUCUGACUCAAUAGAUCAGGUGCAAAAGUACACCAAAUCAUAGACGUGUAUGAUACAUUAGUUGUAUUGUGGCCAUCUCAAAUGCUUAAGCUAAAUCAGGACACAAACAGUAUUGCCAUCCUUGAAACUAUAUUUCCGUAAGGUAAAUGAAUUGGUUGGCAGAUCUUAUUGUUUGCAGUGCAUAGCAGAAACAACAAAAAACAACCAUAGGAUCAGGCUCAGGGGCUUUGUGCCUGUGCCUUUUUUUAAAGGCAAAAAUGCAUGAUGUGAUGGAAGAUCGAGGGUAUUGCACAUGCUCAUUUUAGGACUUCUUCUUUAAACCGGCACAUACACUGCAGCUGUACUUGGGAAAAUACAUCUGUUCCUAGUUAACAAAGAAAUGUAAUUGUAAGAAAGAAAGAAAGAAAGAAAGAAAGACAAUUUUGCAAGUGAUAGGAACCACCAUAUACAAAUAAAAGCAGACAAAAAGUGGAACUAUGGAGCUGGGUUUUGGAUUAGUACUCCUUUUACUCCUUUUAAUUCAAGGUUACAUGUUGCCAUUAUGUUCAGCAUAACCCUUUUGUGUGGAAGAGAUAUUACCAAGUAAUAUUUAAGCAAUGAAAUGUUGUUUAUAUACAAGGUAAGCUUCUGAAUCUUCUUAACAUUCAAUAUAUAUAAAAUCUCAGUCGAGGUCCCACUGUGUUAUAUUUACUACCACCAGAAUACAAUCCUUUCCCUAUAUGGGCUCACUUAGCAAUCCCAAAAUAACCACGGUGACCCCAGAAAUUGCUCCUCUAUUAUCAUGAAUGGGUUUAACACAACUUUAUACUUAUCUUCCAUUUUACUAUCUUCUGGCAGGUAUGACAAGGACUGCAGUAUAACUUUAUUGCUGCAUAUACUGUGGACCAUUAAAAGAUCUGAAAUAGCUUUUUCUUGGUCCAGCAAGUAUCCACUUAAGCAAAUAUAAUGGGUAGUACUCAGUAUAUGGACUCCUUAGUUUCAGAGCUUUUCCAUUCCCAAGUAGAAGACAUCCCAUAUAAAGAAGCUUCCAUUCCCAUAUUAGUCGCCAUUUCUGCUCUGCUUUUGUUAUUGCUGCUGACACUCAGUGAGCUGCCUGCCUGUUCUUCAAUCCAGAUGCUGCAUAGAACAAGCCAGAAUAAAAAGGCCGUAAUCCCCAAACAUCAGUAGAUUUCUUUAGUCUUCUGCCACCAAAAUAUAGCCUAUUUAUUGGACGUUUCUGUAUUAAUUUCUUUCUUUGCCAUUGAUGAAAUGUUAUGCAGGUGUUAAAGUAGGAACUUGUUUCUGUGCUGGUGGAACACUUCAUAUACUGCAUACCAUGCUCACAACAUUCCCCAUGUGGCACUUACUGUCAAAUUCAAACUUAUUUUCGUUUUAAAGAAGGCUCAUCUAAAACUGACUAACGUGCAGUAUUGAUUAUUGUUCUGCAAAACAUUUUUGGUGUCCAACAGGAAAGUGAAUCUUUUGCUGCUCUCUGUAACUAUAAUUCCUCUUUUCAAGGAAAGCUCUUACUAAUGUUUCUGUAAGAAUGCAAUGUAGUCUCAAAGAGCACAAUUUCCUACAUUAUGUGGAAGCUAUGUUCCAGGGAACCUAAGGUUUUCAGAAGUUUACCAGGUAUUCCUGAAGAACAACUUCCCCUAACUUCAUGCCCUCCUGAUAACAAACAACGAUGAUGGGAGUCGCAAACAUCUGGAGGGCACCACAUUGGGGAAGGCUUCUCAAGGUGAUGAUUGGUGAAUGUCUGCUUGCCUGCCACUACUAAUAAUCGACUUUAACAUGCAGUUGUAGAACACUGUUCUAGGUAAAACAUUUUGUGUGUCCCACAGGAAUUGAGAGUGUGCACCUUAGAAAAUGCCUGAACAUUCUCUACAACGUAGAGGGAUUUAUUGGCAGAGGGAUUGGGGUAAACACAUGGUAACCUUUGGAAAAGGAGAUUGUCUCUUAUAUUCUCUUCUCCCAUUCACACUACAGACGACUUCCCACAUAUGUGGGGGUUAUGUUUCCGGGCCCUGCAUGCAUAACUGAACAUUGCAUAACUAGGGAGCACUCUUUAAAUGCCCUCUCUGCCGUUUUCUCUCCAAAAUACUACUGUCCCAAAAUCAGAAACACUGUACCAAAAAUAUCCACAACUGAAAUUGAAGCUAGGGCUGGCAGGAGGAUGCUCAGGAAAGUGGCUGCUGUUGCAGUACCCUACAAACCAGCUGUUCAGUGGGGAGGCUGAGCAGCCUAAACAAAGCCCCGCUGCUGCUCCAGUCUCUUUUCCUCCCUCACUGAAGUCCUCUGGGCUCCAGGAAGGGUCUUCUUGCAAACCACGGGGACUCUCCAGCUCUUUCCCUCCAUUUCCUGGUAUGACUUAAAUCAUCUAAUUAUUUCCUGGUGUUGCAUGUAUACAUGAUCACAUGCAAGUUGAUCAUGUGCAAGUGGGAGGGAUGCCUGUAUAUUUCUGGGGUUUGUUUUUUGUUUGUUUGUUUUUAAAAGCAUUUUCUUCCAGCAGUCAACAUUAAAAUGGCAUUGGUCUGCCUCCUGGCAUGGAAGAUAUUGGUCAGCUCCUCAUAUUUUGCCUGCAUUUUUCUCCCUUUUCUGGAAAAUGGGACAACAGUGGGACAUAACCUUUGUGCAUUGUGGUGCUGACACAUUUGCAGCAAGAAAUCUUUGAGCAUCUGGAAUACAUUUUCUGUGUCAUGAGGCAAUGCAUAUUGCUACACAGUAUCUUUUCAUGAGAUUCUAAAAAUUUUAUGCUGUAAAAUAACACAAAAGCAUAGUAAUUUAUGAGAAGCAAUGAGAUUUGAUAGUGUCAUGAUCCAGACAGUACAGAAGAUCCAUGUAGCUAUAAUAUUAGACACUAGAUGUCUUUUUCCCUUUUAAGCAGUUGAGAACCUCGAAUGUAUGUCGUAGAUUUCAUUAAAGUAAAUUGGAGGAGAGGUGCACCACCAGCAAUCCAUUAUUUAACACACGGUGACCAACAUGAUGGUGUUCAGAUGUUUUGGACUACAGCUUCCAUCAUUCCUGGCUAUUGGCCAUGCUGGCUGAGGCUGAUGGGACUUGUAACACAACAGUGUCUGGAGGGCAUCAUAUUGGCUACUCCUGACUUAAAAUAUGCUCCACAAAAUGUUAAAGAAUGACCUGAUCUUUUGGCAGUGGGAAAGAGAUUGUUGAAACCCUUGGAGAAGGUAAGCAAUAGGCAGAGAACAUCACUAACUCUGGGAACAAGAUUCAUAAGAACUUAUAAAAGGCAAGGAUCAAAGAUUCAAAUCAAGAAGUUUUUGAAUGAAUAGGAUAUAAUUUCGUCAUAGGUUAUAAUAUGCACACUACCCACAGAGGAAAAAAAUACAGUCUUUUAACUUAAGCUUGUCUUACAGCACUUAUUAUGGAGAUAUAUAUUCUUCCUGGAGAUUGUCUAAUUUCUUCACAUCACUAAACAAUUGCCAGUACUGUGCAGUGAUUUAUACAGUCUUGGGUAAUGCAGUUUAAAUCACAUCAAGCAAUCUAGCAAACUUUAGUCUCUCUGAUUUAUAACUGGAUAGUGACAUGUGAUCCACACAUUGUUGGGGAGCUUACAGGACUUUUAAUGGGAGACAGCUAGGAUGAUCAAGGUUGAAUUAAGAACUAGGACUGCUGUGAAGAAGAGAAAGAUUCAGCUGACAGCCUCACCAUAUCAGGUGUUUUGUUUUUAAAUGUUGGCACAGGCUUAAAAAGAAAUUGGAGAGUUACAGAGAAGAUGAAAUGGAAAAUGCCUGUGAGGCUCUUCAAACGGAAAUUGAAUUUCUGCAGAUGGUAUGCCCUUUAAACUUAACAUUUAUCAUGUUUGAUCAUUUUAGUUGGGGAGAUUCUAUUUUUCUGCACAUACAACACUUCUGAAUAAACAAUAUACUAGCAGACAGGUGGAAGUUCUUUGCCUUUCAGAUAGUGAUUUACUAGUAAGAAGAAAUUUAGUUCCCAUUAUAACCAUGCCACUCCCUUUAUUUCCCAUGACUUCCAUGACUUUAUUUGUUUCAAGAGAGGCACUGCUUGGGAGAACUGGUAGAUAAUGAUUCCCUACCUUAGUGGAAAGUAUUAGGGAUUUGAGAUAAAAUGCUGCCUCCUCUGCAAAACAGCUCCAACCAUUGCUGUCACAUGCAUAAUUCCCUUCUUUGCUGACAGUUGCUUCUAGGUGAGUCCUGCCUUCUCUCCAUGGUGAUCCCUGGAAUUGAAACAGAGAAAGAACUGAACUUGCCUUCAUGUGCUAUUGCUGAACCUAAACCUAACAGCUGCUGUUGGGACAAUAGGAGGCCAUAGUUAUAUAAAAUGGGAGGGAUCUGGGUCUUGCAGUACAGUGGUACCUCAGGUUAAGAACUUAAUUCGUUCUGGAGGUCCGUUCUUAACCUGAAACUGUUCUUAAGCUGAGGUACCACUUUAGCUAACGGGGCCUUCCACUGCCGCCAUGCAAUUUCUGUUCUCAUCCUGAAACAAAGUUCUUAAGCCGAGGUACUAUUUCUGGGUUAGCGGAGUCUGUAACCUGAAGUGUCUGUAACCCGAGGUACCACUGUAUUGAGAUAGACAAAAAAGUCACAAUCCAGUCUACGCAUUUGAAUAGUUCACUUGUCCCAAAUCCAUGCAAGUUUUAAGGGAAAACCCUUUUAAAUAAUCCCAUGCUUUCAACUGAUGGAAAUUGUUUUGUAAGUACAGUACUUAUGAUGUGGGGCAAGGGUUCCCCUGGUUCUUUCUUUUAAAUUGUUUGUAGCUGUGUACAAAUCUUGCUUCCUGGGUAAUUGUAUGGAGGAAAAGAUGGCCGCCCCCAUGUAGAAUGUCCCUAUAAGUGCCUCAGGUUAGUGACCUUUUUCUCCAUACAAUUACCAAGGAACAGUUGGAACAUCAUAAUGUACUGCUUCUUCCAGGGGCUUUUUACUUAAAACAUUUUCAACAAGUGCAGCAAUCCUUGUUCUUUCUAGCAGCUGCAAGCAGCUGCAAGCCGUUUAAAAGAAAGAAUGAACCAGGAAGCCCUUCAGAUCACCUCAUACAAAGAAAUAUAUGUUGAAUCAAACCAUGCUGUUCAAAAGGUUUGUAGAUGUGUGAUCUAAGCCACAUGUCUACGUUCUGAUCCGAGCCUGAUCGUCAGAUGCAGACUAGAGAGAAGGUUUCCAAAUCGUGGAGUGAACCUAAUCCUUCCCCAUUUCUAGAAACAGAGAACCAAAACUUAUUCUUUUGUUCUCUCCUUCAUCCCAAAAUAAUCACUCUGUAGUUGCGGAGUGGGGGCCUUCCUCUGUCUCACAAUUCACUUUGCCUCUCCACAGAUUUUGCAUGGAUAUAGACUUGUGUGAGCAAAUACCAAAGCAUGUUUAAAAAAUCUUUAGUUAUUUUACCUUUUACAGUAAAGAACAGAUAAUGCUCGGAACAAUUAGCUAUUUACCACUGUCUCUUUUUUUAUUGUUGCAGAAACUGUUAUACAAAAAAAAAUCUCCAGUCAAAUAAAUAACAUAUGGUGGAUUGAUUCAAAUGUCAGAGAAACAAGUCUUUGUAGCAUUUGAGUAAAUGCUGCUUUUGUAAGCCUUUGUUGUUAAAUUUAUCAUCCUCUGCAUUUCCUGCUAGUAAAACAUGGAACCUGUUUUUCGCAACACAUAUUGUAUCUUUUCUUCGUCUGUUCAUUAGCAAGGGUGUCUAGCAACUGUAAACAAAUCAUUUUCUUUUUGCUGAGAGAUUUUUUUUUGGCAGUAUUCCCAUUCCCAUAUUCAACAUUAAAAGCCUGCCUGCAUUCUAUCUUCACCAGCUCUGGCAGAAGCACACAAUUCAACAUAACGUGGACCUUGUCACUAUUAUCUCAAUUCUGUGCUUGUCUGUGCAAUUUCCCAGUGCUGUUAGGUUCCUUGUGUGCUUCCCCGACCCCUUUUAAACCAGGAGAAGGAAACAAUGGUGCUCCCUCUGAGUCAGUGCUACCAGAAGGAGAUUUUCUAUGAAUAUUUAGCCACCUUGUCUUUCAGUGUUUAAUGUAGAUUUAUUUCAGCCUGUGAUCCCUUUUUAAUAAGUUUCAGCAGAGGUUUGGAUGCUUGUUAUUUCUUAUUGUCUUGUUCAGGUAGAACUUAGUCCAACUUUCUCUAAAGGUCAUUUAGAUCUAACAUGUCAUAUAUGAAUAUUGUCUAUUAAUCUUACUUAAAAAUCAUUAUUUUUAAACUGAUUGCUUCACUUAAGUGCCUACUAUUCUGUGAUAUAAAAAUUAUUUCACAC